AUGACAAGGCACGGCUAUGACAAGAUCUCACAAGACGACGAAAAGGCUCCGCAAAAAGUUGGCUUUGCUUCUUAUGUUCUCUUCCAAUGGAUGAGCAGUGUCUUCAAGACAGGCAAACAUCGAGCGUUGGAGCAAAGUGAUUUUUUACCUCUUUCAAAAGAAAAUCGUACUUCAUUCGUAACCGAAAAUCUUCAAGAGAACUGGAGGAAGGAAAAGAGAAAAUGCCAUGAAACUGCGCGAGAACGACCAAAGCUUUGGAAAAGCGUUAUAAGAACAAUCUCUUUUAGGGAAGUAAUGAUCCUUAUUUGCAUGAGUAUUUUUCGCUCAUUCCUCCGUAUUCCUCAACCUCUGCUCCUUGGAUAUCUAAUUUCAUCGCUGAUGUCUACUGAGCCACAGCAGAAAAUUUUCCUCUAUGGCUGUGCGCUGGCUCUUGGUUUCAGCGCUUUGAUGGAGAAACUGUCAUCUCAAACGCUUAUGUACAGAUGUGAAUUAUUGGGAAUAACCCUGAGUAGUGCUUUGAAUGGUCUUGUUUAUCAUAAGGUAGGUACAUUUGCUUCUGUGAAUUGUAGAGGACGUGCUAAUUCAGUCGAGAAGCGAAGGUCUGAAUAGAAUCAUUGUUUUCGUAAAAACGCACACAAAAAAAAUGAGGAUUAGCCCUUACUACGAGCCAGUUUUUGUUUGGUUUGAUAACGACCAAAAUAAAGAGGCAAAUUCCAUUCCAAAAAUAAACAUAACACGAUGAACAACUUCAUGCUGGUGAGUGAAAGUCGACAUUCAGUCCGAAGUAGCCAAAACUGAAACGUUUUCACGUAUAUUUUAAAAUGUUUACAUAAAAGAGGCGAGCGAAGAAAGAGAUCAGUAGCUGCUAAGAUCGACUUGAGCGAGGCUGUUUUGUAAAAUGUGCCGUCUUGUUUUCUCGCGGACGUGUAAAAAGAUUUAGGGUAAUUAGAUAUCUUCGAUGGGUGUUUUGAAUUUGUCCCUACAGAGACGUUUUUCAGAGCUACUCAGAAAGGUCAGUGUCCCGAAUCAAGUGGGUUUUCGGGGGGAUAUGUGAUUCGCACUUUCUAUUAACAAUGGUGAUAAUCUAUUUCUAUUAACAAUGAUGAUUUUUACGCCAUUGUUUCACGGCUCGCUCGCAUAAUUGACCGUAUGUGUUGGAAUGAAGCUGUAAACUCGGAGCUACUAUAUAAGCUCAUAACAUGAAUGCGUUUUGCCAAUCGGAAGGCUUGAAAUUCAAUAACAGUGCUCCAGUUUUUACUAGAAAGAAAUCGUUCCUCUUUUCCAGACACUUUUUCUCAGCAAAGACGGAUUGUUCCAGUACACAACAGGUAAAGUGAUUGACCUGGUUUCAAACGAUGUCCAGCGAUUGGAAGGAGAGACUAUCAAGUGGAUCUUUUUUGGUUUCUUUACAUUAAUUGAGCUCCUCUUUAUCCCGUUUUUAAUGGUGUAUUUCAUUGGCUGGCAGUCUCUCAUGGGAGUACUUUUUUUGUAUCUUCUCCUUCCGUAUUUCGUCUUACUGUCCAAAGAGGGUGCUGUUCUGCGCUUGCGUACAGCAGCGGUCUCUGACCAACGCAUCUCUCUAAUGAAUCAGGUUGUUUUAGGGAUACGCGCUAUCAAAAUGCAUGCGUGGGAAGAUGAGUACCGGCAACAAAUCAAGAAAUCACGAAGGUAUUUAAAGAUAUUAUGAAACUGAUAGUUGUGUGUUAAACCCAAGUUUCAUGCAGGCUGUUUAAUGUGCUCUUAAAUGAAGUAAUGUUAUUCUUGUUCUUACUCGAUGCCAAUUUUACUUUUGGCCGAAUGCAACCAAGCCUAUUUCUUAUUUAACAGCCCAUCAUUUCCAUAUUUCGUGCGAAAUGAGUUAUUAUGCAUGAUCUUAGUUAUUUUAGAUGACACACAUUCCAUAUAUAUAUUGAACCAAUAAGAUCGCCAAGAACACCAAGACCAUUAGGUAUGUAUGUCAUAGACCAAACCGUUGUCGAAAUAUCCCAUUUUUACUUCUCUUUUUUUCCAGAGAUGAAAUUACCAUUAUUCGAAAGAUGUGCGCACUUCGCGCGGGUGUUUUGGCCCUAAGAUUCACUUCAAUCACCAUUGCAACACUGUUCUCAGUCAUAACCCUUGUGCUGACCGAAGAGACUCUGACACCAUUCAACGUUUUUGUGUUGAUUUCAUUCAACAACAUGCUCGGCACUUACCUUGGGUUUGCCUUGUUAGAGGGAUACGAAGCUUAUGCCUCGCUUGCUAGAAUUCAAGAAUUUCUCCUUUUGAAGAAUUUGCGAGUCACUUCAAGCGAUCGUUCAAGCCAAAAAGAAACAGAAAUUGAAGAUGAAAACCCAUCUGAGAUGAAGAGGAGUUCAGAAGAUUCCCAAAAAACAGUGGGAGGUGCUUCCACUGCUGAUGAAUUACAAGAUCAAAAGACACUACGAGUAAGAAAUUUGGCGCACAAGCAAAUGGAUCGGGAAGACUCCUACACUCUUCAAGAUAUCGAGUUUUGCACACCUGCAAGUAGUUUAACAGUCAUUACCGGGUCAGUUGGUAGUGGGAAAUCCACUCUUCUUUCUGUGAUCGCUGGUGAAGUUCUAUGCACACACGGAGAAGUAUCCUGCCGAGGAACUUUAGCGUAUGUUCCGCAGGCGGCUUGGGUAUUCUCUGGAACCAUACGAGACAACAUUUUGUUUGGUUUGUCAUACGAUGAUUCAAAAUACACUAGAGUAAUUGAGGCCUGCGCUCUGACUGAUGACAUCCAGCAGUUUCCUGAUACUGAUCAAACACUUGUCGGCCAACGCGGUGUCGUUUUAAGUGGAGGCCAGCGGGCAAGGAUUAGUCUAGCACGCGCAGUGUACGCUAAUGCAGAUGUGUAUCUUUUGGACGAUCCUCUGAGCGCCGUGGACUUCAGAGUUGGACAACAUAUAUUUGAAAAGUGUAUUAAACAACUAUUACGCAAUAAAACUCGGAUGAUGACCUCUCAUCACGAAGACCACAUGAAAGACGCUGAUGAAGUGAUUGUGUUGUGUAAGGGGCGUGUGCUGGAAAAAGGAAGUUUUCUUGAGUUGCAAGACAAAGGAAUCCUUAGUAACACUAUUGACCCGCUCUACAAGAAGAUUUCAAAACACAAUACAGAUGAGAAGUUUGUAAGAGAGGAAGAAAAUGAAAGUGUUGGAGCUGCCGUCUGCUUCGCUGGGAUGGAAUCUCCGUCGAAAGAAACCAGGAGUCUUCUGAUGCCAAAAGAAGAUCGGGAAAUCGGAGUAAUUUCUUCCAAGCUUUACUGGAGCUAUUUAAGAAGCGGAAUGUCUUAUUGGAUGAUUUUGGCAAUAAUCCUUUUCUCCGUAACAGCCCAGGGUAAGACUUAAAAACAGCCUCUCAGAAAGAGCUUGUCAUGAUUGCACAAAUUUCAUUUUAGAGUCCAAAGUAAUCCAAGACUGCAUUGCAUUUACAGCAUGCUUUACAUCUCUCUGUAAUUAGAGGGUGUAAAUGGGGUUAACUGUUAGCCGUAAAACGGCCAAAAAAGGCUGUUAGGCGAAAAACUUGACAAAUUUGAGCUUUUAGAGGUAAAAAUCUUUCCUUUUUCCAAUGUGUCAUCUUGUGUCAUGUUGCCCUAAGCAAUUCUAACUAUUGGCCGUAGAGGCCCAAUCCCAUGGAGACCCUCUAAUUAUUAGAGAAAAAUAUUUCUGGUCUCUAAAUGAAAAAGCUGUGCAAGCGGGCAGAGGUCUUUUCUAUUUAUCCCAUCGUGGAAAUUUUAACAUUCCCAUCUGAUAUUGACCUACUGACAAGGAUAAAAAAAAUAUUGAAUUUGUUCCGAUUUGAAAUAAAUUGAAUGCAAAAAUUGUUUCGUCAUAUAUUAAAGUUCACACGGCAACCAGGUGGACAAUCAGACAUAGUUUGAUGUACUCUGGUUUGCAGAUUUAAUGAAUGUAACCGAAGAAGUUACGAUUCAUAGAUCCAACGUUUCGACACUCCUGUCUAGUGCCUUCAUCAGGGGUGAUCUAAACGCUGCAACAAGAGGUCCUUUUAUAUGAUCACUAAUUAACAGCCUUUUUUCUGACGAGGUGUAAAUAGGCGUCAGGAAGCAAACCGCCAUCGUCACGAUUUAAAGGAGCGUGGGCGGAGUUAAUAUGCCAAGCCUCCAAACAAAGGCGCUGGUGGUAACGCCGAGUAGUGGUGAUAAUUUUAGAAUUAUCCCACCCAAUUGAAUGGUUGGUUAGGCAUGUAUGCUCCGAUAAAGCUGAAUUUUCCUUUUUGCAAAGAAAAACCGCUUUGUGAUGCUCUUUUAACCGUGUACCAAACUAACGUUUGGUCUUUCCGAUGUAUUCGUUGUCACAGUCAUUGCAAGGAAUAGAAUAAAUGGCGUCGGUUCGCUGUUCUUUCGUGACAGGAUCCUUAGGUUUGGCGAAAAUAUGCCCCAAAGUCUGAAAAGGUUUUUGAGCAACUUUAACGUUGUGGCUAUUCAAAAUUCUCUUGAUGUGUUCCGUAACACCCUGUAUGUAAGGAAUAACAGCAAAACCAGUCGCUGGUUCCCUUUCAUCAAGAGCGUUACUAUUUGUAACUGGUUUUUGCCAGUUACGGAGAAAAGUUUUUGUAUAGCCAUUUGCCUUUAGGACAUUGGAAACAUAUUUCCUCUUCUCAGCCUUCGAAUGGAGUGAAGAUGGCCGACAGUCAGCCCUCCUAAGUAAAGUUUUGGCUACAGACUUUUUAUGGUAAAUAGGGUGGUGAGAAUCGAAAGCGAGGUAUUUGUCGGUGUGGGUAGGUUUACGGUAGACACUUGUCUCUAAAUUACCCUGAACCCCUCUGGACACAUUUAAAUCAAGAAAGGGCAUAUGUCUAUCCUUUUCACGCUCAAGGGUGAAUUGGAUCGACGGCUCUAUUGAAUUCAAAUGCAACAAGAGGCGCUUCGCUUCAUUCCGGGAUACCGCAGAAAUAACAUCAUCGACAUAUCGUUUCCAGAAAAAGGGUUUAACCAAUGAAGUGGCUAAGGUCCUUUGUUCCACGUCUUCCAUUACCAUGUUAGCAAUGACAGCAGAGACGGGCGAACCCAUCGCUGUACCAAAAACUUGUUUGCUUCCUGACGCCUAUUUUCACCUCGUCAGAAAAAAAGGCCGCUAAUUAGUGAUCAUAUAAAGGACCUCUUGUUUCAGCGUUUAGAUCACCCCUGAUGAAGGCACUAGACAGGAGUGUCGAAACGUUGGGUCUAUGAAUCGUAACUUCUUCAGUAGCAUUCAUUAAAUCUGCAAACCAGAGUAGCAUCAAACUAUGUCUGAUUGUUUCUUCAUCUUUCCUAUCGAGUGUCAGUGUGCGCCUGUCUCUAAGGCACAUCAAGUCAGCAAUCGAAACCUUCGUUCCUUUUGAUACGAAAGAGAAUCAGCACAUGGAAACUUUUUGCCUUUACUUACUUUGCUUUCCCUUUCCACCCAGGGAUGUUGGUUGCUCCCGACGUGUGGCUCUCGUUCAUGAUAAAGCAACUCCCUCAAGAUCAGAAAGAUCAAUCAAACUUAGUUAUCUAUGGAUGUCUUGCUGUUGUAUCUCUCAUGUUUAUAUUGACAAGAACAUAUGUAUUACUCUCCUGCUUUUUGCAAUGCUCUGAGCGUCUUCAUGACAAGAUGGUCGUUGCCACUUUACAAGCUCCUGUUUUAUUCUUUGAUUCAAAUUCCGUGGGAAGAAUCCUUAAUCGAUUUUCCAAAGAUAUCGGUUGGUUGGACGAGCAGUUACCGAGGACAUUUCAACUAGCGAUCGACUCAACCUUAAAUGUGCUUGCAUCACUAAUUGUCCCGACUGUUACGAAUCCUUGGCUUAUUUUCAUACUUAUGCCAUUGAUUGUGGUUGCUAUACACCUGUCCACGUAUUAUUUGAAGACAUCCCGGGAAAUUAAGAGGUUAGCGUCUAUAAGUCGUAGUCCAGUGUUCUCUCACAUUUCGGAGACUCUUGAUGGACUGGAGACGAUUCGAACCAGAGGGCGACAAAGUGAUUUUGUGGAUCAGUUUUACAGGUGGUUUGCCUCGUCUUAAAUUUAUCCAACUUGCAUUUUGGCUUAGUACAAUGGAUUUUUCAGAAAUGAACUACUUAAUUUGUAGAAAUAAAAGAAAGACGUCAUAUCGUCAUUUCCAUAAAUAGUUACUGCAAAGCAAUGUAUUUCCCUCUGAACAAAACGGGUACCCGACAUCUUAGGCUCGAUUUCCGCCGAUCUCUAGUGUCUGAUCCUCGCUCCUUCCCAAAAAGAGACGAGAAGUUGGUAAAGAGCCUACCGUCAACUCAAACAGAAGUUUUUUCCAAAUGCCCUGUAAGUUCAAAUUAUCAAAAAGCAGUGAAUAACCCACUAAUUUUCACCUAUUCACUUGCUUUCUUAAAGACAUCAUGAUGUUCUGAAUCAAGCAAACAUCUUGGUAAUGGCCGGUGGGAAAUGGAUCAGUGUGCGAUUUGAAAUUCUUGCAUCACUAUUUGUUAGUGCAGUGGCUUUUUCAGCUGUUAUUAUGUCUCAAGAAGCCGGUGAGUAUGUAUUAAAAAAAAAAAACAUCCCUAAUUCGAAUGAGUGAUCAUCAGAAUUAAGGUGAUCAGUUAAAAGUAUGGUAUAAUGCACUCUCUUAGAACUGAGGAAAAUCAGGGAUUAAUAUUGUGCAUAAUCCUAAGUAGUAGUGGUCAAUCGAUUUGCAAAGUGGAUUAAGUACUUUAUUACAUCCAUUUUUGAAAUUAAUGGUGAUCCUUACAAUCUGAUUGGCUCUCAUCGGUGCGAUUUUAUCGCACCCAUUUUUUGCUCUACAUCGCAUCUUUUCCCCAACAAACAGGUCUUCAUGAUGCCAGUUGCAUGCAAUUGCAAUAGUCCGCACAAAUGAAUCUUCUCAGGUAAACCCCCUGUAUUGCCUUGUUUUACUUUCCACGGCAAGGGCGUGACAGGAUUACUUUUUUGACUGUUCAGUGUGAAAAAUCAGUUAAAAUCUUAUUUGCUUAAUUCAUUGUUUCAAUUUUUCGUCUAAUUAGCUUUUGCUGGACUUGCCUUGGCUUACGUUGUCAAAAGACUUGGGCGGUGUCAUCACGCCAUCCGAACAACCUCAGAGGUUGAGAAUCUAAUGACGUCAGUUGAACGAGUUUUUGCUUAUACCAAGCUUGAGUGUGAGCCUGGAUAUAUGAUAGAACGACGACCCCCGGAAAACUGGCCAAAUAAAGGAAAUAUCACAUUCAAAGAAGUAUCGCUGAGAUACUAUCCGGGAGGACCGCAAGUGUUGAAGAAUAUCAAACUCAAUAUCAAAGGAGGAGCAAAGAUCGGUGUUGCUGGCCGGACGGGUGCUGGAAAGUCAUCUUUUGUGGCAGCUCUAAUGCGCAUGCCUGAGUCGUGUGGUGAAGUAAUCAUUGAUGGUAUUCCAAUAAAGGCAAUCAACCUCCAGGAAACUCGACGAUGUGUAUUUGUUCUUGGCCAAAGUCCAGUACUGUUCAGUGGAUCACUGAGGAAAAAUCUCGAUCUUACUGAGCAGUUUACCGAUGCAGAUUUAUGGCAAGUUCUACAAGAUGUGCAACUUAAAGAAUCAGUGAAAAGUCUUCACGGGCAACUUGAUCAUGAACUGUUGGAAAAUGGUGCAAAUAUCAGUGUUGGAGAACGACAGCUGAUCUGUUUGGCUCGUGUGCUGUUGCAGCGAAACAAGAUCAUCUUCUUGGAUGAGCCCACUGCAAACGUAGAUCCAGAAACAGAGAAAACAAUCUUGGGCGUAGUGCGUGAAAAACUGAGAGACUCUACGGUCAUCACUAUAGCUCAUCGAUUGAACACCAUCAAAGACUGUGAUAAAAUUUUACUUUUGAAACAUGGAACGGUAGCGGAGUUCGACAAUUUUGACACUAUGGUGAACACAGAGGAAUAUGAGUUGGAUGAAAUGGCGCGAAUUGCAGGUUCCAAAACAACGUAA